AACUGGGAGCGCGCGGCGGCGCACACUGCGCGGGAGUUUUAGAGGGAGUUUGCUUGUGGUCAACGCCGGGCUCCUAAGCCAGCCCCCAGCUCACGUUACACUCUAUUUAUAACCUCUCAGAGCCAUUUCCCCCCGAACGCAGUUCUGUGGGACCACCUCCUUUUGGCUUCGAUCUCUCCCACUCCUGACAUCUGAGUAGCUCGCAGGGAAGCCUCCUCCAGGUCCGAGUGUUUAUAUGCAAAGGAGCUUGGCCGCUGGGGCGCAGGAGCCGGACUCAGCUCUGCGGGAAACGCUCGCGGGCUGUUACUUGGGUGGGAGGAAAGCCGCCGGACUUGCAGUGGAAAGUGACAGCCGGUGGUGGAGUGUGGACGGUCCGAAGUCUCCUGCCCGGAAGCCGAGUCUUGCAUGCUAUGGAACACCCGCUCUUCGGCUGCCUGCGCAGCCCCCACGCCGCCGCGCAAGGCUUGCACGCCUUCUCGCAGUCCUCCCUGGCCCUCCACGGGAGAUCGGACCACAUGUCCUACCCCGAACUCUCCACUUCUUCCUCGUCCUGCAUAAUCGCGGGGUACCCCAACGAGGAGGGCAUGUUCGCCAGCCAGCAUCACAGAGGGCACCACCACCACCACCACCACCACCACCAUCACCACCACCAGCAGCAGCAGCACCAGGCUCUGCAGGGCAGCUGGCACCUCCCGCAGAUGUCCUCCCCGCCGAGUGCCGCUCGCCACAGCCUCUGCCUCCAGCCCGACUCGGGAGGGCCCCCGGAGCUGGGGAGCAGCCCGCCCGUCCUGUGCUCCAACGCCUCCACUCUGGGCUCCAGCACCCCGACCGGGGCCGCGUGCGCGCCCGGGGACUACGGUCGCCAAGCGCUGUCACCCGCAGAGGCGGAGAAAAGAGGGGGCGGCAAGAGGAAAAGCGACAGCUCAGACUCCCAGGAAGGAAAUUACAAGUCAGAAGUCAACAGCAAACCCAGGAAGGAAAGGACAGCUUUUACCAAAGAACAAAUCAGAGAACUUGAAGCAGAAUUUGCUCACCAUAAUUAUUUGACCAGACUGAGGCGAUAUGAGAUAGCAGUGAAUCUAGAUCUCACUGAGAGACAGGUGAAGGUGUGGUUCCAGAACAGGCGAAUGAAAUGGAAGCGGGUCAAAGGAGGCCAGCAAGGCGCUGCAGCUCGAGAAAAGGAACUGGUGAAUGUGAAAAAGGGAACCCUGCUCCCGUCGGAGCUCUCGGGGAUUGGCGCCGCCGCCCUGCAGCACACGGGGGACUCUCUAGCCAACGAAGACAGUCACGACAGCGACCACAGCUCAGAGCACGCACACCUAUGAUGCACACCGAGAGGACGGCUCCAUUCUCAGGAAAGAAACACGCAGAUGGCAGGCCUUCCCCCCACACCGUUUACACAGGGAUGACCACGGCAGCGACGGUCUCGGGUCUGACUCGUAUGAUUUCUAGAGGGUUCGUGCUAAGUGCCACUUGUCGAAGAUGCUCUAACCGUGAAGAUGGAGAAGGCGAACUCGUUUUGAGUAUUUCCAAUAUGUUUGGUUGUAUGUAUGGCGGUGAGCAGGUGUGUGUUUGCUUUUGCUUGCACUGAAAAUUAAAUCGCUAUCAAGAAUAAAUCAUGAAAUAGUUUUUUUUCCCUGAACAGCCACAGUGCCUGAAAUCACCAAGUGGAUAAAAAAAUAUGUAUUUUAACUCUGUAUAUAUUACCUUUAAGUCAUUUUUCUGUCUUCACUAAUUUUAGCAAUGCAUUCAUACUAGCUACAGAAAAUAGGCUCUCACACUGACCACCAGAACCAGCUUCUUGUAUUUUUUAUACAUUUUUUGUCAUUCAGAGACAAUCAGUAUGUGCUUACCUGUGUUCAAGUAGAGAAAAAUACAGUAGAGUCUGAUAGGACAUAUUCUUGUACCACAGACAAAACAAAUCUUAUGUUGCAUUUACUAUCAACUGCUGCUAAUACAUUAUUAUAAAAUUUACCUAGCUCCUCAACUCUUCCUAUCUUAUAGCUUGAAAAAAAUUUAGGAUCAUAGGCAAAUCGGUAACUUGCAGAAAGAGCUUUGUAUGGCGGACAUUGUCUGAUUUUAUUUCUAUAAAAUAUUAGCUGUUAUGAAUAUGAUUUGACUAAUGAGGAAAAACUUUCUUCCUGAUUGGCAGUGGUAUUAGAGAAGGGACAAAACAAAGUUGAUCCUUUGAAUAGACAAAUGACAACAAAAUUCUGAGUGCUUUCAAAUUAAAUUCAUUAAAGAUAACUAUUUUUCAUAUGUGAUGUAUUCAUACAGAACAACAGUCUUUGUAUUUUGUAAAAACAA